UUUUUUUUUUUCCAAGGAAAGUCAAGCAAGGUCGAGAAGUGUGAUCAGCAUCACUUGAGUGAUGUUCCAAAACGUCUCCCCAGUUCCAAAUGUGCGCGUUUGCGGAUCUGCAGUUCUGGAAGGCGUGCACGCGCACGUGUGUGUUGUUGUUGUUGCCGACGCCGCCACCGCCCGGCCGCUCGGGUCACGUGCUCGCGUAGCUCGCUUCCCAAUGGUCCCCGAGGAAGGGGGCGGAGCAAACUCCCGAGGGAGGCUGAGGAAGUCGCGCCUCCUUGCACGAAGGCUGCAGUUGACGUCACGCCUCCUUGCACGAAGGCUGCCGUUGACGUCACGCCUUGAUGGCCGACAGUCGCGUGUUUCACCCCGUCUGGCUGCUCGUCUGCCGCCGGGGCCGCGCGGCCGUCCAACUCCCGCCGCUCUAUGACGUCCACCAGGUGCCAAAGGUUUUCCGCGAGGACGGCAUCCUGUCGGGUUACCGCCACCCGCAGAGUUCGGCGCUGGACUGCGUGCGCAGCUGCUUCCGCUUGACCAACGAGACCGUCAACAUUUGGACCCACUUCGUGCCGACAUGGUACUUCGUGUGGAGGUUGGCGUCGCUGUGCCGCAGCAGCGACUUCGCAGGCGACCGCUACACGUGGCCGCUGCUGGCCUACAUGCUGCUGGUGUGCGCGUACCCGCUGACGUCGUGCGCGGCGCACACCUUCAGCGCCAUGUCGUCGCAGUGGCGCCACAUCUGCUACUUCUUCGACUACGGCGCGCUCAGCCUCUACAGCUUGGGCAGCGCCAUCUGCUACGGCUGCUACGUGAUGCCCGACGGCUGGCUGAACGGUUGGCUUCACCGCCAUUUUGUGGCCAUCGCCGUGGGCAACAGCUUGUUGUGUACCGGCCUCUCCUGCUACUCACGGUUGGUGGAGGUGCGAUUCCCGCAGAUGAGCAAAGCGCUGCGGACGCUGGCCUUCGCCGGGCCCUUCGUCUUCGACAGCUUGCCCGUCUUCUACCGGCUCCUCCUGUGCUGCGGGGGGCGCUGCAGCCCGAGCGAGGCUUUGCUCAACCACUUUUACCAGGUGACCUUCGCCCUCCUCACCUGCUUCCUGUUCACCUCACACCUGCCCGAGAGGCUGGCGCCGGGACGCUUCGACUACUUUGGCCACAGCCACCAGCUGUUUCACGUGAGCGCGGUGGUGGCGACGCACUUCCAGUUGGGGGCGGUGUUGAGCGACAUGAGCUCCCGGCGGGCGCGGCUGGAGGCCGCGGGGGCGGCGCCGUCCCUGCCCGGCACGGCCGGCGCCCUGGCCCUCGGCUUGGCCCUCAAUCUGGGCGUCGUCGCCCUCUUCGGCGCGCCGCUGCUCAGGCGGUCGCCGAGGCCACCGGCGCCUGACCGCGCCAAGGACCAGUGAGUCCGUUACCUAGGUAACUGCACCCCCCCCCCAGGUGGCAGGUAACGCCUGACGUUUACACAAAAAAAAAACUGUUUGAAAAGUGCCUUUUCUGACCACCAGGUUGUGCUAGUGAGACAAAGUCAUCAAAGUCCCGUCAAUCUCGUCAAAAGAAAUAAGAAUAGGAAUAAUCGACCCCCGCUUUAAAAGGUGUCCAAACACUUUAUUGCCACAAAAAAAGAGAGGUGCCCCCCCCCCCCCCCGAAAAAAACAUCACAGAAUAGGUGAAUCUACACAUCGCAAGUAUUUAAAACUAAAUCUAAAGAAAUCUUGAUGGAAGAAAUACUCAGUAUUAUUUUGUGUUUUGUAUUUGGAUACUGCAGUGCAGGCCUCAUCCAGUAGUGGGGGCCAGCGGGUUUCAUUGAUUCCGUUUCCAUCUCAAGAGACACGAAACGCUACGAUUUGAUGUUAAAGUAAAAAUUAUUAUCAUCCGAAGGAGUUUCCCGCGAUGACGUCAUGCCGUGGAAUUCACACAAAAUGUCGAAUUUUGUCUUCCUGCUUCUGAUUGGCCCAUUUUCCCCCCUUCAGAGUUUGUCCAAAACGGCCGACUCGCAGAGACGUUUUGGAUUUUUGCGUCCACGGGUGAAAGUAUUUCGUAACUUCCCAGGGGGCGCCACUGAGCUGCUUUCGCCACUGCCGCCUGCCUCACGUUUUCGUAUUUCUCGUUUUGUCACGUGUCAAAAGUUUCCGUCAGUGAUUAAGCGUCUUGACUUUGUUCACAUUUAAGUGUUGAGUGCAAACGUUUCCGCAGAUUGUUGGGCAGGAAAAUCUGAAAACAUUUUCUACAAUUUUUCUUUGGGAAUUGUGUGUGGCCCAAAGUUUGAAGAAAAAUGUUGUUAUUUAGUCCAACGUGAUUUUGGUCCUAACUUUGGAUCUCGGAGACUUUUAACGUUUAACCAACAGAGAGGAAAAAAAAAAAAAACCAAAACGUCUGCAGUGCCUUGACCUCUGACCUUAAUUCAAUGUGGGCCCGUGGCCAUAACUCAGAUUUCAUAUUUUGCCUUUGAAGUUUUUUUUUUUUUUUUGCAGUUGUUUAGCGAAUGUUUUGGGGUCGCUGUAAAAUUGUGGUGGCAAACAAACAAACAAACAAAGCCCGGCUGACGUUUGUUGAAGCCGAGUUUCCGUUUGCGAUUGGCAAACUUUUUUUUUUUUUUUGCAUCGGCAAAUCGCAGACGUUGCCGUUGGGACGCAAAACGUGAACGCGUCACGCGACCUUCGGUGCUGCCCAAUUAACGUUUGUCAGCGUUCUGCUCGUUUUGGCGCCGGCCGGAAGUCCUCUCCGGCAUCUCCGGAAAAUGUUUUUGAGUCGUGUGAACGAUUUCGUAUUGUGCGCUUUCCCAGGAGGUGAAACGGACCUGCCCAAAAAUCUUUUUUUUUAAAAAUUCUUCCCAUAUUUUCAAAAUUCAUCGGGCUUCAGAAUUUUAUGCUUCGACGAGCACAUUUGAGCGCGCUUUACAACCAAAAAACCCAAAAGGCUCCCAGAAAAUUCAACUUUGUAUGAAUAUUUGCUCAUUAUUUAUAGAUUUGACACACGUUAUUAUUAUUGUUACGCGUAUGGGAUGGGUCAGUACAUUUAGUGCCAAUAUUUCUGACUGGAUCACACUUACCUCCUUCCAUGUAUCCUUUAACAUUUGGGUAAUAAAUGUUAAAUAUAUAUAAAUAUGUCUUGACUACAAAAUAAUAAUGGUGCUUUUUUAUUGUUUUGUAUGCUCUGAAACUGGAAAAAAAACCACGUUGAAUGUAUAAAUAAAUAAAUACGUGUAUGUUUUGUAUCCUGUGUCACUGAUGCACUACAUGUGUGUAAUAAA